AUGCCCACAGCUAAUGGAGUUUUUAUCUGGUGCAACAAGAGAUACAGCAAUAGAAGAAUUUAUGUUAAAUUAGAUAGAGGUUUAAUGAAUGAAGAUUGGGCUCUUACUUAUCCAGAUUCGCACGUAUUAUUAACACCUCCUAUGACCUCAGAUCAUUGGGGAUUAUUUGUUAAAGUGCCUGUGAAUAUUGCCUCAGGUCCUAAACCUUUUAGGUUUUUGUUGAUUUGGAAUAAGCAACCUGCUAUCAAGGACUUGGUAGCUGCUUCUUGGGGUAAACAAUUUAAGGGUGAGCCAAUUGCAAAAUUAAUGGUCAAGUUAAAGAUUUUUAAACAAGAUGUGAAACAGUGGAACACAGAGAAAUUUGGAUUAGUUUAUGCUAAAGUGAUAUCAUACAGGAAGAAGUUAGCUGAGAUUCAAGGUGUUUUGGCUGAUGACCCAAUGAAUGAGGAUGUUAUACACAAAGAGGAUGAAUGUAGAUUAAAUUUGGAAUUGGCAGUUUCAAAUGAAAAUAUUGUUCUUUCUCAGAAAUCAAAGAUUAGAUGGGUGAAAGAUCAAGAUAAAUGUACUAAGUUCUUUUUUCAGAAAAUUAAGCAGCAUAGGGCAAAUAGUAAUAUGACAGCAUUGCAAGAGGGAGGAACUACUAUUACUGAUCCUAAUGUUAUUAGCCAUAGGUUUGUUCAGUUUUUUCAGAGAGCUUAUGCAGGGGGUGUAUAG